AUGAUUGACGAAGAUCAGAAUCCUUCCACCCAGUCUUCUGGUAGUACCUCUAACAGUGUGGAGAUGUUUGUCCCGAUGAACAUUCCGCAGUAUAACAGAGACGGCUCUUCGAUUGUUAUGUUCCAGGCGAAUGCAGAAAGGAAUAGUCUGAGCAUUUCUUUGGAGGAGUGUCUUCAGCCUGGCGUCGACCGUACUCAGGUCCAGACUUUCAAGCUCGUUAUAGCUUGGCCCGGAUACGACACAGUGGAGUACCCUAUCAAUAUCGGGACCAAUGAAGCGCCCAUCACAAGGGCUGAUCUCGCGCGUCAAAUUGCAUAUCACUUUUUCGGGUUUUUCAGCCAAUGCGAUAACGGUCGUUUCACUCAGAGGUCACUUUUCGAGUGGAAAGUGGGAGGCCAAGACGGGUAUUCGUUCCAUCAGAUCUACCUUUCGACAUUCUGGAAUAUCGAAGGCACCUCUUGGAGUGCCUCCAUCAGAGUCCUGAAAAAUGCCUGA